GCUCCAUAAUUAAUUGUAGCUAUCUGUCUCCUAUCGAUGUGUUGUAAAGAACAUGAAAUAGUUUUUAUUAGCAGAGUUGCCGGUGUAAGAUAUUUAGAUAUAACUGUGCUGCUGCUUAUUGCUAUUUGACCUUGCGUGUGAUGUUGGAUAUGGGAGAACGGAAAGAAGUGAAAAUGAUUCCUAAAUCAUCUUUCAGUAUAAACAGUCUGGUGCCUGAAGCCGUCCAAAGUGAUAACCACCACAGAACCGUGUCAGAAGAAGAGGGGAAGAUCCCUUUACCUUCUAUAGUGCAAGAUGCAAAGUCAGAGAACAUUUGCACCAAAAGUGACAAUUCGUCCAAUGAAACCACUUGCAUGGACGAAAAGGAAAAACAGGAAGAGAAGAAGGAUAGCAAAGAGGGCGAGAGCGGUGGGAAAGACGGUGAAAAGAAAAACGGCAAGUACGAGAAACCACCAUUCAGCUAUAAUGCUUUAAUUAUGAUGGCUAUUCGGCAGAGUCCGGAGAAACGACUAACUCUGAACGGUAUUUACGAAUUCAUUAUGAAGAAUUUCCCCUAUUACCGGGAGAACAAACAGGGUUGGCAGAAUUCCAUCAGGCAUAACCUUAGCCUAAACAAAUGUUUUGUUAAAGUCCCGCGGCACUAUGAUGACCCGGGUAAGGGGAACUACUGGAUGCUUGACCCCUCGAGUGACGAUGUGUUUAUCGGUGGGACAACAGGCAAACUUCGCCGGAGAUCGACCACAUCCAGGGCAAAGUUGGCUUUCAAGCGGGGUGCUCGUCUUACUUCCUCUGGGUUGACCUUUAUGGAUAGAGCCGGCUCUCUAUAUUGGCCAAUGUCACCAUUUCUUUCGCUUCACCAUCCGAGGGCCAGCAGCGCGUUGAGCUACAAUGGGACAUCAUCGGCUUACCCUAGUCAUCCUAUGUCCUACAGUACAAUGUUGACUCAAAACAGUUUGGGGAACAACCAUUCUUUCCCUUCUUCCAAUGGCCUAAGUGUUGACAGACUUGUGAAUGGAGACAUUCCCUAUGCCACUCAUCACCUAACGGCGGCUGCAUUGGCGGCCUCUGUGCCAUGUGGUCUAUCAGUGCCCUGCUCCGGGACAUACUCUUUAAACCCAUGUUCGUCCAUAAACCUCCUUGCAGGACAGACAAGUUACUUUUUCCCCCAUGUCCCGCAUCCAUCAAUGACCUCCCAGAGCAGCGCUUCGAUGGCGGCCAGGGUUGCCUCCUCCUCCUCCUCCCCGCAGGCGCCCUCAUCUCUUCCCUGUGAGUCUUUAAGGUCUUCGCUACCAAGUUUCUCUUCAGGACUUUCUGGAGGACUUUCUGAUUACUUCACACAUCAUAAUCAAGGGUCAACUUCAAAUCCACUUAUACACUAACAAAACAUCCCUCGGGAGCAAGACUGUAAGUGAACAUUUUACACCCGUUUACAUUCUAAAACAUAUAAAGAAAAGAUAAAGUAAAUAAAGAUAAAAACAAAAUGAAAGCAGCCAGAACUGAAGUCCAGGUAUUUUUUAGUAAUAUUCUGCAUUUAUUUCUGUGUA